CACUCUGAGUUGGGGAACGGGAGCAGGCGGUCUGGCCCCUCUGGAGACGGACGGGCGCGCGCGCACACACACACACACACGUGCUGUCGGAGCGCUCUAGACAGAGAGAGCUAGAGAGGGAGGAAGAGAGCUGCAGUGAGCCAGGCGGUGUGAGGAGGGAAAUACACAGAUGAGUGCAUGCUGACUGACUGGAAGUCCUGCUAGUGGUCUCUCUCUCUCUCUGGGACUAUUGACUAGUGACAGCACCGCUGGCGCAGCCCUGGAGAACAGGCUGUCUGUCAGCCAUAGUUACAAACAGGUUGAAAAGAUGGAAAGAAAACUACCAGGGACUUUAAAUGACUUUUCCUCAACCCUCUGACUUCUCUCUAAGGAUCCUCCUGUCUGCAGUUUUACAACACGACUGAACUUGAGCAAGUUUGCAGGAUCGCUGAUCGUUGAGGCUGUGGCCAUGCAACCAGCUAUGUCUUUGGGAUUUAAUGCAUUUAGCCCUCUGGAGAUGUCGAAUGGCUAAUUGUUUCUGAGUCCAGCUUUUUAAAUACAUUUCUUAAUUUGAAUGUAGAGGGUCGCUAGUGAUCCUCUAAAUGCCUCUCUCGCCAUUGGCAUUGGCUUCCCUCUUGAUUGACGUGUGACAGUCACUGCCAGAACCUGAAUGAACAAUAGCAAACUGACAACUAACGCCCGAGGACAUUUGGACAACGUUGAGGAUUGGAUUUCCUUUCGCCCCUUCGAAAGAAGCCUCAGUCUUUUCGGCGUCUGCUUUCUUUUCCUUCUUUUCCUUUUCCCCCCUGUCUGUUGGUGUCGAAAGGGGAAACUUUGCCUCCCUGCUCUCGCUCUGAACAUGGCUUUCCUUGUCCGUUGCUAUGCCAACUGCUUGCAGCCGUGGUCCUCCAAACUUCCCGGAGACCUCAACAAGAUGCACCUUACAGACCACCCCCACAGCCAGGGGAUGCAUGUGCCGCCCAGCCAAUCAGGAUGCAGCAUCGCCAGUGAUUCGGGGAGCAGUAGCCUAUCAGACAUCUACCAGGCCACGGAGAGCGAGAUGGGUGACGUGGACCUGUCUGGGCUCCCGGAGGCGGCGGUGGACUCUGAGGAGGAGGAGGAGGAGGACGAAGACCUGGAGAGGACGUCGGACACCCUACUGGGUAGAGACCUUGUCCGGGAGUGUCUGGAGAAGGACCCCGUGGACCGCAACGAUGACGACAUCGAACAACUGUUGGAGUUCAUGCACCAGCUGCCAGCCUUUGCCAACAUGACCAUGUCGGUCCGGCGGGACCUGUGUACUGUCAUGGUGUUUGAGGUGGUGGAGCAGGCGGGGACCACGAUCCUAAAGGACAAACAGGAGCUGGACCUGUGGUAUGUGAUCCUGAACGGGGCGGUGGAGAUCAGCCACCCAGACAGCCGCAUGGAGACCCUCUGCAUGGGCAACAGCUUCGGCAUCUCCCCCUCCCUGGACAAGCAGUACAUGAGCGGAGUGUUGCGCACCAAGGGGGACGACUGCCAGUUUGUGUGCAUCGCCCAAGAGGACUACUGGCGGAUCCUCAACCAUGUGGAGAAGAACACACACAAGGUGGAGGAGGAGGGAGAGAUCGUCAUGGUGAAGGAACAUCGCGAGCUGGACCGCAGCGGCACCAGGAAGGGACACAUCGUCAUCAAGGGCACCCCAGAGCGUUUGAUAUUGCACCUGGUGGAGGAGCCAUCGGUGGUUGACCCCACCUACAUCGAAGACUUCCUCCUCACCUACCGCACCUUCCUCUCCAGCCCCAUGGAAGUCGGCAAGAAGCUGCUCGAGUGGUUCAAAGUCGACAGCCUCAGAGACACGGUGACACGCAUAGUGUUGUUAUGGGUGAACAACCAUUUCAACGACUUUGAAGGUGACCCAGCCAUGACAAGGUUCCUUGAAGACUUUGAGAAGCUGCUGGAAACCACAAAAAUGAAGGGUCACCUGAGGCUACUGAACAUAGCGUGUGCAGCCAAGGCCAAGUGGAGGCAGAUCACUCUGCAGAAACCGUCCAGAGAGUCCCCGCUCUACUUCAGCCUGCAUGGCGGCAGCGAGAGGGGUUUCGGCAUCUUCGUGGAGUCGGUGGAGGGGGGCAGCAAGGCCGCGGAGGCUGGACUCAAACGGGGAGACCAGAUAAUGGAGAUCAAUGGUCAGAACUUUGAGAACGUCUCCUACGUCAAAGCUAUGGACUUCCUGAGGAACAACACACACCUCUCCCUCACAGUCAAGACUAACAUCUUCGUGUUCAAAGAGCUGCUGAGCCGGAUCGUUCACGAGAAGAAGAAUGGCGUUCCGCACAUCCCCAAGAUCCAGGAGAAGAAGGGCAACCGCUUCUCCAUCCCUGACCUGCCUGGAGACAUGGAGUUCCCCACAGACCACAAGGCCACCAAGAAGAUGAAGGCCAACACCGUUUCUGGGGGACGGAACAAGAUCAGGAAGAUGCUAGAGAAGACCCGCUUCAGCAUCCUACCACCUAAACCCUUCAGGCGACUCUUUGGUGAUGGUGGCGUGGGUCAGUCUCAGGAUGACAGCAUCGUGGGCACUAAGCAGUGCAGGCACAGCGUGGCCAUCAUGCCCAUCCCUGGCAGCCUCUCAUCCAGCAGCCCUGACCUGCUGCAGCCAGCCACUAAUGUGUUGGACUUCUCCAAUCCAGCAGCCGUGGGCUUCUACUACAUUCCAGACCAGGUGAUCCGGGUGUUCAAGGCUGACCAGCAGAGCUGUUACAUCAUCAUCAGCAAGGACACCACUGCCAAGGACGUGGUCAGUCACGUGGUCAACGAGUUUGGCCUGAGCGCAGCCCCGGAGAACUACUCCCUCUGUGAAGUGUCGGUCAGCCCCGAGGGCGUCAUCAAACAACGCAGGCUACCUGACCAGCUCUCCAAGCUGGCUGACCGCAUCCAGCUCAACGGCAGGUACUACCUGAAGAACAACAUGGAUACGGAGACGUUGUGUUCAGACGAUGACGCCCAGGAGCUGCUGAAGGAGAGUCACAUCACCCUGCUCCAGCUCAGCACCGUGGAGGUGGCCGCCCAGCUCUCCAUGAGGGACUUUGAGCUGUUCCGUAACAUCGAGUCCACCGAGUACGUGGACGACCUCUUCAAGCUACUGGACUCCUCGGGGGGAGUCCAGCAGACGCGCCUCAAGCAGUUUGAGGAGGUCAUCAACCAGGAGACCUUCUGGGUCGCCACGGAGAUCCUGAGGGAGCCCAACGCCAUGAAAAGGAUGAAGACCAUCAAACACUUCAUCAAGAUCGCUCUGAACUGUAGAGAGUGCAAGAACUUCAACUCCAUGUUCGCCAUCAUCAGUGGCCUAAAUCUGGCCCCAAUAGCUCGUCUCAGGUCGUCGUGGGAGAAGCUGCCCAGUAAGUACGACAAGCUGUUCCGCGACCUGCAGGACAUCUUCGACCCGUCCAGGAACAUGGCCAAGUACCGCAACGUCCUGAGCAGCCAGAGCAUGCAGCCGCCCAUCAUCCCCCUGUUCCCCGUCGUCAAGAAGGACCUCACCUUCCUACAUGAAGGUAAUGACUCUAAAGUAGACGGUCUGGUGAACUUUGAGAAGCUGAGGAUGAUCGCCAAGGAGAUCCGUCACGUUGUCCGUAUGACCUCAGCCAACAUGGACCCAGCUCUUAUGUUCCGACAGAGGAAGAAGAGGUGGAAGAGUUUAGGGUCUCUGAGUCAGGGCAGCACCAACUCCAACAUGUUGGACGUGCAGGGCGGGGCCCACAAGAAGCGCGUGCGUCGCAGCUCGCUGCUCAACGCUAAGAAGCUGUACGAGGACGCUCAGAUGGCCCGUAAGGUCAAGCAGUACCUGUCCAACCUGGCGGUGGAGACGGACGAGGAGAAACACCAGAUUAUGUCUCUACAGUGCGAGCCCGUUUACAGCACCUUGUCCAAGAACCUGAGCGAGCGACGGUCCACCAAGUCGGACAUCUCGCCUGUGUCGCUGCGCUCGGCGCUGCCCGGGGGGAAGGCCCAGAACCGCGUGUCCCAGGUGCUACAGAUCCAGGUACCCCUCUACCCCCAACGGAAGAAGAGCACCGCCAAGGACAUUCACGCCGCACACAACUCCAGCUCUCCCCUAGUGAUAAAGAAGCCUCCCAGCUCCCAGCUCUGCCAAUCAGAGGACAGUCCCUGGAGUGGGAAGAGGUCUGCUGAAGACACUGUGUCCAUCGUGUCCUCCCUGCACUCCAGCCCCACCAUCUCGCCACAGGGCUCCCCGCGCAAAGUGGGUGGCAUGGCCAAGCCCCAGCAUAACUCCAACAGCCAGAUGAACAUGUCUGGCUCGUCGUCCUCUCUGACCAGCGAGGCCAGCACCAAGGCAGGCACGGCGGGCACCCGCAGCUACGGCAUAGGCUAUGCCCUGAUGCCUGCAGUGAAGUCCGACAACCUGUCCGACUCCAGCCACAGUGAGAUCUCGUCCCGCUCCAGCAUCGUCAGUAACUGCUCUGUGGACUCGAUGCCUGCUGGCCCUGCAGAGGAGCGCCAAGGCACCAAGGCCAGGGACACCACUGAGACCCCAGGCACCACCACGCAGCUCACACACACCGACUCUGACUGCAGCCAGCCCAGCACCAGUUCGUUGGCGCGGGGCCAGGUGAUGCGGGGUUCCACCUUCACCUCCUCCACCUCCACAGAGGAGCUGACUCCCGACCACGUCUCCCUGGACAGUGUGGCCGACAGCGGGCGGGGCAGCUGGACCUCCUGCUCCUCCAACUCCCACGACAGCUUUCAGAGCUUGCCUGUCCCCCUGCUGGGCCGACCCCCCACCUGGGACCACCUAGUGCCUGGGGGCUUCCGCCACACCCAGCUAGCAGGGCCUAUAGUCGAGGUUGAGGCUGGGCUGGCCUGGGUUGGGGUAGCGGGAGGACCGGGGGCGGGGUCCGUGGGAGGAGAGGACGCCAAGAGGCUCUCCAGAGACAGUUCAGAGCUAAACCAAUCACGGCAGAGCUGGGCCUCAUCCUCCUCGCUGUCGGACACCUACGAGGGGAACUACGGCACCAUCAAACGCCGCACUGCCGAAGGCGUCUCCGCCGCCCCUGGGGAGGGCCCUGACGCACCCCAAAGCACAGAUCCCGUCUACAAAAUGGUCACCUCAAGCACAGAGAAAGGCCUCAUAGUGUACUGUGUAACCUCCCCCACCAAGGACGAUAGGUACAGGGGGCCUCCCCCCACCCCUCCGGGAUACCAGGGCCUCACCCUGGUCGAUGGACAGGAUGGAGCUCCCCUACGACCACCCCACUUGCGGCCGCCCGACUAUAGCGUGGCCCUGCAGAGGUCUAAGCUGCUACAUAGCCCCGGAGGCCUGGUGGAGGCCCGGAGACUGGGGGUGAACCUCCUCCACCACGAAUCCCAGGGCCAGUCCCGGCCGGCCAGCGUCUGCCUACAGGGCCUAGGGGAUAGUGAGGAUGAUGAGCAGGUGUCCGCGGUGUAGAGCUGGCUGGACGCCUGAACGGACACCGCAGGCCGUUGGAGAGGGAGGGAGGGGUGGUCUAAGCUACAGCAGCUUCCUUGCUGCCUCUCCUCUGGGUUCACGCCCCUCUCUAGGCCCUCCACGGCUCGGCUGACAGCUGCUCAAUGCUAAACCAACGACGCCCCACAGAACUUGUACAAUCAUCUGUUUUACUCCAUUUUAAAAUUGGUUUAGAAGCUCCCAAGUUUUAGACUCCCACACCCCUGAAACAUAACUGUAUACAGACUGAGAAGUGGUGUGACGUCACGGCAUAUGGCUCAGGCAUUUGGGGACGCUGUGCUGAGGAUGAAGAAGGGAUGGACGAUGCCCGCUGUUGUCUUUUUAACAGUACCUCCAUUUGCUUUUGUGCUCUCUUGUCCCAGGUGUUUUGAAUUAGUUUUUCCUCAGUCGUUGCUUGAAAGUGUUUGUUUUUUGUUUUUUUAGCCGUUUGCUUGAAGCUCUCAGUUUUAAAUGGCAUGCGAACACAAGUAAAAUGAGAAUAUCCAGGAAGGGAGAAAAUCUGAACAAUCGUUUUUCUUCUCGUUAGUUGAUGAAGCAGAGAUCAAGCAAGCUGCAGAAACUCUCCACAAAUAUUUUUAUUUUGAGGGCAGUGAGUGCAGUUUUAAAUGGCAUGCGAACACAAGUAAUAUGAGAAUAUCCAGGAAGGGAGAAAAUCUGAACAAUCGUUUUUCUUCUCGUUAGUUGAUGAAGCAGAGAUCAAGCAAGCUGCAGAAACUCUCCACAAAUAUUUUUAUUUUGAGGGCAGUGAGUGAGGGGAAGUGAGUGAGUGAGGGGAAGUGAGUGAGUGAGGGGAAGUGAGUGAGUGAGGGGAAGAAAGUGAG